AGGUUAUGAUACGGCUCGAAUACGCUUUCCAUGCGGGUCGUCUCCUGAGCCAAUCCCUACUCAGUUCACCAAACGGUGCAUACUUUACCUAUAUAAGACGAGCAUCACCAUGAGGCAUAAUAUUAGAGAGAUGUGGUUCAGUGAAGGCUCGCUUCGUGGAGCUGCUCCAGUGUCACGAACUACUUCUUCGUAUCUUGCCAGAACCUAUUGAAUAACAGCGCCUCUUGAGACCGUCGAGGCCAUUGACAUCAGGUCAUCGAUAUGAGGCUUCUCGCAAGCUUGUUGCUCGCAGCUACGGCUGUUCAAGCUCACUACACCUUCCCGAGACUAGUUGUUAACGGACAGCCCGAAGAGAGUGACUGGUCAGCCACGCGCAUGACCAAGAAUGCGCAGAGCAAGCAGGGCGUUGAGAACCCAACAAGCGGCGACAUCCGCUGCUACACCUCGCAGACGGCGGCCAACGUCGUGACCGUGCCGGCCGGCUCGACCAUUCACUACAUCUCGACCCAGCAGAUCAACCACCCCGGCCCGACUCAGUACUACCUGGCCAAGGUACCCCCCGGCUCGUCGGCCAAGACCUUUGACGGGUCCGGCGCCGUCUGGUUCAAGAUCUCGACCACGAUGCCUACCGUGGACAGCAACAAGCAGAUGUUCUGGCCAGGGCAGAACACUUAUGAGACCUCAAACACCACCAUUCCCGCCAACACCCCGGACGGCGAGUACCUCCUUCGCGUCAAGCAGAUCGCCCUCCACAUGGCGUCUCAGCCCAACAAGGUCCAGUUCUACCUCGCCUGCACCCAGAUCAAGAUCACCGGUGGUCGCAACGGCACCCCCAGCCCGCUGGUCGCGCUGCCCGGAGCCUACAAGAGCACCGACCCCGGCAUCCUGGUCGACAUCUACUCCAUGAAGCCCGAAUCGUACCAGCCUCCCGGGCCGCCCGUCUGGCGCGGCUAAUCAGUCGAUGAGUAGGAAUGCAUGGUAUCCCUGUUAUCCUCUUUCUCCCGGUGCCUUGAGGGCCAGUUGCAAGCCGGUCUGGUUCACCAAAUGUUUCUCUGAGCUGCUUUGUCCCUUCGUUCCUUGACUUCGGUCUGUCAGGCGUACUCCCAAGAACGACAAGGUAGGAGGGGCAAGGGGAGAGGGAGGAUGGAUGUAUAGUCAGGACGGUCUGAAUGCCAAUCAAAUUCUAAGCGGACUUUGCUCGACGUCUCUUUGUGCGAACCGUGAUCCAUGCGACAGAACUCAAAGCGGCAGAUGGACCCAAUAGACUGAGAUUCACCUCAACAAACGUGUAAUUACUAGAUUCUAAUUACACCCCAUCUCUUAUCCACGAUGAUCGCAACUAGGUAAUUAUAGUACCUCGGUACCUAUCUGACUUAGCCGCCCACGUGUAACUUGAUCAUCAAUAUUCCCUGAGGACACAGACACACACAAGCACACAUAACCUCUUCUCACUUCCCCAUCCUUCUCACCCAUUA